CAACUGUUGUACUAACAAACCAAAUUCCAAAAGUAGCAAAGUUACACCUGUUACAUUUUUACCUGUUCUUCUUUACCUCUCCAGAGUGUUGUAGAUGUUCCAGAGCUCAUCUGUAAGUGGGCCUUCACCUUGUCUUUGCUUACUUCAAAAUCAAGCACCAACCUGCAUGAAAUCCUUGGAAUCCUCCAGAUAUUCCUUAGAAAUUUCCUUCCCGGCUAUAUAAAUUCUAAAUUACUCCUAACUCACAAGUCAAGAGUGACUAAAUCGAUUUCUUUCAGUCUCACACACAGCAUUCUGCUAUUUCCAGCCUACUAGUUACUGCAAUUCCAAAUCUUCUAAACUCUUUACAAUAAUCCCCAGUUUCCCCAUCGAUGGCUAAAGUUGCAGUUUUGAUGAGUUUUCUGGUUUUAGCAGUGUUAGCUGCUCUGCCAACUGAAUCCCUGAUGCCCUACAAUCCACGUUCCAUCUGGGACAUGAUUCUCCCUCCUGAAGACCCUUUUAAAAUCUUGGAGCAGAAACCUUUAACCAUACCCAAACCAGAAGUCGAAUCCCUGGCCCUGGCUCGUGCUGAUUGGAAAGAAACCAAGGCCCAGCACGUGAUAUCUUUGGACAUUCCAGGGAUGAAGAAAGACGAGAUCAAGAUCGAGGUCGAUCAGGAAAACAGGGUGUUGACGAUCAGUGGGGAGAGGAAGAGCGAAGAGGAAGUAGAAGGCGAUACUUGGCACAGGGCAGAGAGGACGGUGGGUAAAUUCUGGAGGCAGUUUAGGAUGCCGGCGAAUUCCGAUUGGGAUAGGAUUCAGGCCUAUCUUCACGAUGGGGUGUUGAAGAUUGUGGUGCCUAAAUUGGCUGAGGAGAAGAAGAGGGAACCUCGGGUGGUUAGCAUUGCUGAGGCAACUAGAAGCAAUGAGAAUGCUGGAGGAAGUACUAAUGUAAAUGUCAAGGCUAAGAGUCAGAAAGAUGAAAUGUAAGCUGUAAUUCAGUGUGAACAAUAAUAACCUGUCCCUGAUGUCACUACAAGUUUCCUUUUGUUUCUGGCUAAUGGUGUUACUCUGUUUAUGACGAUGAAAUAAAGUACAUUAAUCAUCCAUCUCAACCUGAGAGUUGGG